AUGGCCCUGGGUAUCACUCGUUGGCAGAGACGACUCUUUGGCGGCGGUGGCAUUCCUGUCUUCGCUUUAGGAGAGUUUGCUGAAGCCGUCCAGAUUCUGAGCGUCGUUCAAACUGGCUUAAUACUGAGGGCAGAAGAGGAUGGCUUGGGUGAGAAGCUCGACAGGCUGCAACAAUUCCGAGUGCAAAGUAUCAAUAAGUUUGUCUAUGCCCGUGACGUUCUGUUCAUCCUGGCACUCGCUUUCUCGAAAGCCUCAGUGUGUCUCCUACUCCAGCGUUUCUCAUCACAUGGCACCCAGGCGAAGGCUGCCAUGGCCAUGAUGGUCUUGUGUGUAGUAUACAGCGUAGCGGGUGUAUUGCUCGUGGCACUGCGAAACGAUCUCAGCCAUCCUUGGAUGCCAGAGUCGUCCUUGCAGCAUGCUAUACUCGCUCAAUGGGCGACCUGCAGCGUUCUCGGAAGCCUAAUCGACAUCAGCACCAUGGUAUUUCCAAUAUUUCUGGUUUGGGACCUGCAGAUGGCCAAGGAGUCUAAGAGGAGAGUAGUAAUGGGCUUUUUCAUGCGCAUGCCUGUCGUUGCUCUCUCCGUCGCUAGAGUGGUCGCUGUCUCGCGCCUCGAUUAUGCGGACUUCACCUUCUCGUAUACGGUCGUCGAGAUCUACACACAGCUGGAGCUUCACUAUUGCGUGGCAUCAGCCACCACGCCAUGCUUGCAUGUCUUCCUCAAAGGCUGGAACACCGGAUAUCUUGGGACGGCACUGGAAGAGGUCGAUCAGCAAGCUUAUGAGGAAUGGGCCGACGCAAAAAGCGAUGGAGCCUCAUAUCACAUGACACCACUCCACACGAGCAAAGAGCACGAAAAGCAGACUUCAAGCACCCAAGGCACAUCAUUGCAGGGCGGGCAUGGCAUAUCGCAGGCCGCUGCGCAACACAGUAAAGCUGGGCAGAAAGAUGCGGCGAGGGAUAGCUCACAACAAGUUAUUGUGGUCAGAACAACAGUCGAUGUCGACAUAGAAUGA